GACUCCGCCCUUUCUGAGGAAGCAACCUGGAUACUCGCGUACUGUUCAAACAAACCAGCGUCUGUGAAGGACAGGACAGGGCUGGUGGCUGCACUUUCGUGUCUGUCCUCACUCUUGUUGCUAUGUCUUCCCCCCGGAGUUUGGCCUUCUGAUAAUUGUUCUCGGCUGUUCUCGAUUCGGUGCCACUUUAGAGACCGUCGACACGAGAGAGAGAGAGAGACAUCCUUAAAUGUUGAAUGGACAGACCAUGGGGUCAGACGAGGCCUACAACUUUGUCUUCAAAGUGGUAUUGAUCGGUGAAUCUGGAGUUGGAAAGAGCAACCUUCUGUCCCGUUUUACCAAAAACGAGUUCAACCACGACACGCGCACCACGAUUGGAGUCGAGUUCAGCACGAGGACGGUGCAGCUCGACACAUUCACCAUUAAGGCCCAGAUCUGGGACACAGCAGGACUGGAACGAUACCGGGCCAUUACAUCGGCUUAUUACAGAGGUGCUGUCGGAGCACUGCUGGUUUAUGACAUCACCAAACACCUAACCUAUGAGAGCGUAGAGCGCUGGCUGAAGGAGCUGUAUGACCAUGCUGACCCCCACAUUGUGGUUAUGCUAGUGGGCAACAAGACGGAUUUGGAUUUGGAAAGAUCUGUGCCCACGGAAGAAGCCAAAGAGUUUGCAGAAAAGAAAGGGCUCCUAUUUCUGGAAACCUCAGCCUUAAAUUCUACAAAUGUGGAAGCAGCUUUUAACAAUGUCUUAACAGAGAUUCAUAAGAAGGUGAGCAAUAAGGAAGUGGUUCGCGGCUCCAUCAGCGCCGUGACUCUAAACACAUCUGGUGUUGAAAAGAAAGAGGAUGAGGAGAAGAAGAAGCCCUGCUGUCAAAACAUCUGAUGACAUCAUCAC